AUGUCUCAAGAGAACGAUUUCCUCGUGCGUCUUCCUGACCACCCAAACGUUCUCCAAACCAGAAUCGAAAAUCGGCCUGUCCACCUCACCCACAACAAGCCGCACUUUGAAACCGGCAAGAUUGCCUUUGGUGGUCCGAUGUACUCCUCCCAGCCGACAAGUCUCGAGGAUGGCAUGACCAAGAUCACUGGAAGCAUCCAUCUGUGCAAGGCCAACACUGAAGAGGAGGUAUGGGAGAUGAUUCGCAAUGAUCCUUAUGCAAAGCUUGGAGUGUGGGAUCUGGAGGCGACUGUUGUGACACCUAUGAAAGUUUUUGUCAGCAAGCCCAUGUGA